AUGAGUGCCUUCUUUCCCGUCAUCUCGACCUUAAACCCCGCUGCACCAUCAGUUGGCACCCCUCAAGCUCGUCCGUCCUUGUUACUGGCCACGUCAGCUGCCAAGUGGGACGCCCGUCUUUCGCAUGAUCCCAUCCACGACAGCGCCUACUACGGCAAGUGCAUGAUUGGCGGUGUCCUCUCGUGCGGCCUCACUCACACGGGCAUCACCCCGCUGGAUGUGGUCAAGUGCAAUAUGCAGGUCAACCCGACCAAGUUCAACGGCCUUCUACCGGGCCUCAAGACCAUCGCCUCGGAGGAGGGCGCAGGCGCGCUGUUCAAGGGCUGGGUCCCCACCGCCAUUGGCUACUCGGCUCAGGGCUUGUGCAAGUUCGGCUUUUAUGAGUUUUUCAAGGACACGUACAGUACGAUGGCUGGGGAGGAGAACGCCUACAAGUACCGAGGAGCCAUUUAUUUGGCUGGUUCCGCCUCGGCGGAGUUCUUUGCCGAUAUGGCGCUCUGCCCCAUGGAGAUGGUCAAAGUGAAGGUGCAGACCUCGCCUGCCGGCACAUUCCCUGUUGAGUUUGGUGCAGCUGUGGCCGCAAUGAAGGCCAACUCAGCCGAGACUCGCUUCCCGUUUGGUUCGCUUGUUCCCCUCUGGUCACGCCAGAUCCCUUACACGAUGGCCAAGUUCUUUUUCUUCGAAAAGGUGGUUGAGGCCUUUUACACAUACGUGUUCACGGAGCCCAAGAGCACGUACCCCAAGAGCACGCAACUCGGCGUCACUUUCGCCUCGGGCUAUCUGGCUGGUGUGAUUUGUGCUAUUGUGUCGCACCCCGCCGACUCGGUUGUGUCCCUCAUGGGAAAGGCCGAGAACAAGGGAAAGGGUUUUGGCCAGAUUGCCAGCGAGACCGGUCUGGUGAAUUUGGCUACCAAGGGUCUGGGAACGCGUAUCAUUAUGAUCGGUACGCUGACGGGGGCUCAGUGGUGGAUCUACGACACGUUUAAGACGGUCAUGGGUAUGGGCACCAGUGGUGGUGCCGCUCCGAAGAAGAACUAA